CCUGCGCGGCUGCUGGACCCGCGGGCGCGCCCAGGUAGGGGGCUCCGAGAGCGCAGUGCGGACGCUCGCGGGAAACUGCGCCGCCGCCACCAUGUCUCAAGAAGGUGUGGAGCUGGAGAAAAGCGUCCGGCGCCUCCGGGAGAAGUUUCAUGGGAAGGUAUCCUCCAGGAAGGCGGGGACUCUGAUGAGGAGAUUUGCCAGCGACCACACGGGAGUGGGGCGCUCCAUCGUGUACGGGGUAAAGCAGCAAGAUGGACAGGAACUGAGUAAUGACCUGGAUGCCCAGGACCCACCGGAGGACAUGAAGCAGGACCAGGACAUCCAGGCCGUGGCGACCUCCCUCCUGCCCCUGACAGAAGCCAACCUCCGCAUGUUCCAGCGAGCCCAGGAAGACCUCAUUCCCGCCGUGGAUCGGCAGUUCGCCUGCUCCUCCUGUGAUCACGUUUGGUGGCGGCGCGUACCGCAGCGGAAGGAGGUGUCCCGGUGCAGGAAGUGUCGAAAGCGCUAUGAGCCGGUGCCCUGUGACAAGAUGUGGGGUGUGGCUGAGUUCCACUGCCCGAGGUGUCGGCACAACUUCCGGGGCUGGGCACAGAUGGGGUCCUCAUCCCCCUGCUAUGGGUGCGGCUUCCCCGUGUAUCCAACACGGAUCCUCCCUCCGCGCUGGGACCGGGACACGGAUCGCCGCAGCACCCACACCCACUCCUGCUCGGCUGCCGAUUGCUACAACCGGCGAGAGCCCCACAUGCCUGGGACGUCCUGCGCACACCCCAAGAGCCGGAAGCAGAACCACCUACCCAAAGUCCUGCACCCCAGCAACCCCCACAUCAGCAGUGGCUCCACGGUGGCCACCUGCCUGAGCCAGGGGGGCCUCCUAGAAGACCUGGACAACCUCAUCCUGGAGGACCUAAAGGAGGAGCUGGAAGAAGAUGACGAUGAUGAGGAGGAGGGUGGGCCCAGGGAGUGACCCAGACAAGGGGCAGAUGCAAGCCAGACACACUCUGUGGAGAUUUUGUGUUGUUAUAAAAUAUGAGCUCAAACUGA